CUUAAAAACAAGCUUGUUGGCAACACUUCAAUUGUGAGUGUAGUUUAUUUUUGACAGGUUGUCACGCUGCGUUUAAAUUUACCGUUACGUUUCGUAUGAGUUUUACUAGUGUGCAAAGCUAAAAUUAAUUUCACAAAAAAAAAUUUCAAAACAAAAAUAUAUAUACAUAUAUAUUGUUAUCGGAUUCUAUUCAAAAUUUUAUUGUUGCAAAGGUAAGUAGUUCUUUUUACCUUUUACAUACAAGUGAAAGUGAAAAAUGAAAUAAAGUAUCGGGUGAGAAAACAAAAUGGAAGAGUGCCUCAGGGCACUUAUAACAGUUUACAUGAAAAUUUGUGUUUUCUUUUUAUUGUUUUGUUAUGUUUUUUUUGCAGUGCCUGCCAUUGUUUUAUAGCUGAAAAUGGAUUUUCGAAACCGUAAAAAGGUCAAACUGAGCGAAAUGACCGAUUAGCAAAUUUGUGAAUUUAUGGAAUCGGUUGAAACAGACGAAGAAGCUGAUUUUAGUAGCGAUGACGAUAUGAAUGAUCCGGAUUUCGAACCUAAUGAAAUAAGCCCCGAAGAUGAACGGUACAUAUCGGAGGUAGUUCACCAAAUCGAUGAAGACGAAUCUGCUUUUUUGAAUAAAGCGGACAAGUUUUCGUUGAACUUGAGUGCAAUCAAGGAAGAUCUUCCCUCAACUUCGCCAAAUGAAGAAGUUGAAGAAGCUUCAGGAGAAGAAGGGCCAUCAACUUCAACACCACGUUUGAAGCCACCAAAACGUGCCCAUUCCCUUUUGCCUGAAUUUGAUUGUAGUGGUCAGUCUAUUGUGCCUUCCUCUGGAGGUUUCAGCGGAACAGCAAUAACCAAAGAUUCGGCUGAGUUUUCCAAAGUUAUAUGGCGAAAAAGAUCGAUGUGUUUGCAUGUAAAUGAGGUGGCCUUCCGUGGUGACUCAAGCCUACCAUCUUCAAUCAAAGAGCUUAGAACUCCGAUGGAGAUAUUUCGCUAUUUCUUCACUAAGAAAAUGGUUGACAAGAUUGCUUUAGAAUCGAGCUGGACAGCUCGCAAUGUCGAUAUCAACUCCAAGUUCAUAACACCCGCGAAGAAAUUUACAAAUACAUUGGCAUUCUUGUUUACAUGAGCAUUUACCGCUAUCCCAAUUUGGAAAGCUAUUGGGGCCCAAAUGCGUUUCAACCAAUAGCAAAAACGAUGCCUAAAGCAAGGUUUAUGGCGAUAAAACAAUAUUUGUCUUUUCGUGAUGAAAACACUAGGGCCAAAAAAGGAGAGCCUGGUUAUGAUGCGUUGUUCCGUAUUAGAGCGUUGUCUGAUUUUUUUAAACACACGGUUUGAUUCCGUACCCAAAACAGCCCGAUUGUGCGUCGAUGAACAAAUGUGUGGCACCAAAAAUACAUGCCAAACAAACCACACAAGUGGGGCAUCAAAUUAUUCGUGUUAUGCGAUACAAGCGGAUUCGCUUAUCGCUUCGAGGUUUAUAAUGGUGCUGGCGACAAUGUGAUCUUACCAGGACAACCAGAUCUUGGAGCCACGUCGAACGUUGUUGUUCGUUUAUCGCAAACUAUACCAAACUUCAGGAAUCACAUUCUGUAUUUUGAUAAUUUUUAUACAUCGUUGCCGUGUUGGUAUUAUUGCGAGCUCGAGGCAUAUUUAGUUUAGGCACCUUACGAAUUCCUCGAAUUCAUGUGAGUAUAUGGGGAGAGCAUAUAGUGUUGGCAUAACCACAGUCUUAUGGAAAGACAAUAAAUUAGUACGAUUGGCAUCAACAUACUACGUCGGCGUUCAACCAUUUCAAAGAUCCAAUACAGAUGCAAACAAACAGCCAUCGAAAGCAGCUCGCUACGACAGAAAGGCGAAGAAAUAUUUGGAAAUUGAUUGUCCUCAAAUAAUCAAAGAGUACAAUAAUCACAUGGGCGGUGUUGACUUGAUGGACGCUCUGAUCGGCCGGUACCACAUACGAGCGAAGUCAAACGAUGCAAUAACUCGAUUGUUUUACCAUUUCAUUGACAUGGCGAUCACAAAUGCGUAUUUACCACAUAAACGGAUUUAUGCAGAAAAGGUAACUGACUCAAGUCAUGAAUCAGCCAAACAUGAACGGGUUUUGCAGUUCCCGCGAUUUCGUGAAGCUGUAGCUGCUAUAGAGCCAAGCAAUUCGGGAGUUGGCCAAAAGUCAAAACAUCCCGUACAUGAAGUGCACUACGAUGGUCAAGACCAUUUUCCAAUUUGGCUUGGCAAAGAAGGCGGAAAAAAAUGGUGUAAACUCUGUAAGAAGUCGCAAACAAAGUGUGUUUGCUCCAAAUGCAAUCUUCAUUUGUGCUGCACCAACGCAAAAAACUGUUUAAUUAUCACAAUAAAAAUUAGUUCUUUUGAAUAUAUUUCGUGUUUGCUUAUCUUUCAUCUUUGCUUUAUCUUUCUUUUCCAAUCUACUACUCUGUCGUGUAUACCACAUCAUAUAUUUGGCAUAAACUGUCAUGAGCGCCCUGAGGCACUCUUUACCUUUUGCCUACCUGUCAUUCGAAAAAAACACGCAAAUCACUUGGGGAUGUUUUUUUUUGAAAUACUUUACACUCUAAUUAUUCCAUAACAAAAUUCCCACUCGCCUUCUUCCACGCUGAGAGUUUUGAGUGAUAGAGGGUUAAGCGAUUUAAAGAUGUGCGUUGUCUCUAGAGUUUUGGCCGUUCGGGCCGCCCGCGUAAGUAGUAAGAAAAUGUUUGUGGCACGUAUCCAACAAAGGUUAUUGCUGUCCUUAGGAAAGAAUUAUGUAUGUAAACAUGCGCAUCCGAAAACAGUGCGGUGUGUGCUAUUCGAAUUGGGUGGGGUGCAAGUCCAGAAUAGCUCGAAAAAAUCCUCUUAUUAGCCAGGUUAAUAAAAAAAAACCUUUAGAAUUUUCUAGAGUAUAAAAACAAAUUUCUCGACUUCUAGGACAAAGUAUUCUUCACAGACGAAAACAGAUUUAACAUUUUCCAAAGCGAUGAUCGAAUACAGAUAUGGAGACAAUAUUAGUUAUACCGUAAAACAAUAUGGAGUCAUGGUUUGAGGAUGUAUGGCUUCGUCAGGCGUUGAGAACUGAGUAUUUGUUGAUAGAGUAAUGUCCAAAACUUUAUAUAUGAACAUAUUGAAAGAAAACUUGCAACAAAGCGAAGAAAAGUUGAGUCUUGUGGAUCAAAUAUACUGUGGGCAAUAUAAUGAUUCCAAACAUACAGUCCCACGUUCUUGC